UCGCAUCUCUAAGACGAUCAGUUUUUCAACUAUCAUAACGCUAUAAAUAUGCUCCAGAUUAAUUCAAGGUCAAAUUAUCAUUGAUCUAAUACUUAUUAGUGUGGAUACAUUAUAGAUACUACUUGUAAGUCGUCUAUGAUUUUUGUCAAUUUAUAACCUCAAAUUAUUAUUACCUUUAAUUAACAAUUUUUAUAAAAUAUUUUGUAAUGAGGUUAUUCUAUGCAUUAUUUAGAAGAAAACACAUGCCAAAUGGAAACAUACAUACUGGUAAACAUCGUAUUUGGAAACAGCCGACCAUAGAAGACGUAAUAAAAUUAAAAAAUGCAUUUGAAAUUGAGGAACAGAACAUGUUUUAUCUCAGACAUGCCUACUUAACACCUGAACAAUCUUCAGGCCAUGCUCGUGCUUUGGGUAAAAAUGAAGAAAAUUUAAUUAAAACUAAGACAAAGCAAAAACCUUUCUAUGACAAAGUUACUGUGGAAUCACGUCUUGCACAUUUAAGAGUAAACGAAGGCUGGGAUUGAGACCAUUAAUGUGUAUUGUAUAUACGUAGUUGCUAAUAAAAAAAUAUAAACAGUGUUAAAUUUAUAAUUUAAAUAGAACACAAUAUUGUAGUGAAAUUAAUAG